UUUAUGACACUUAAAUUUCACUCAGCUACAGCUUACAGUUACAGACAGCAACACUCCACCGCCAUGAAGCAAGCAAGGCAGAGUUGAGUCUACGUUUCAAGUGAAGAGAUGACUGGUUAGCUUUGUGAUGUGACCCGACCCGGAGAUUGAUGUCGACGGUGGUCAACCGACCAGUGUACCACCCAUUUCGUCGCCGGAACAAGAGGCCGGUGGCAUGGCCGGUGUAUCUUGCGGCGGCGGCUUCUCCUCCAACCGAAUCUUCAGAGCGAAGUGAAAUAUUUGGGGAAGUUCUAUCAUCCAAACCUGGUUAAACUACUUGGCUACUGCUGGGAGGAAAAUCAUUUCUUGCUUGUGCACGAGUACAUGCAAAAGGGUAGCUUGGAAAAUGGAAAUCCACCUAUUCAGAAGUAGGAAAAUGCAGUGUAUUGUAAUUUGUGACAGAAACUUAUUUUUUGGUCAAAGUGACAGAAACUUUGUGAGAAUAUUUUGUUUAAAUAAUUGUCGUUGCCCUUGUAGAAGAAGGCCCCGAACCACUAAAGAGACCUUUUCAAUUCCUCAAACAUUUUACUUGAUGCUGUUUAAUUUUUUUUAUCAUACCACAGAGUUGCUUUGUUUAAAAAAAUUUACUUGUCCAUUCGCAAAUAGUCAAAAGAAGAAAGAUUGAAAGAUCAAAGAGAGAAGGAGGAAGGAAUUAGAGCAACAUUCCAGAGAAAGAGAUACAGCAAGAACCAGGAAGGUACACAAUGUGGGUCUAUAUAGAUACAAAGCAAGAAGCCUUUGCGAGAGCAAAAUGGCUUUGUGUCCUUACGAGAGCAACUGGCUUACGUGUCCUCCUCCCAACCCCUCUGUACACAUGGCUUCCUCUCAUUAAUUUGGCCACUUUGUACCACUCAGCUUCUGGAUAUCUGCUGACUAUAGUUCUCGCUAUUGGAUGGUGAGCAGGUUGCGUGCAUGUCAGGUUUGUCUCACACAUGGUUUGCACAUAACUUAGCAAUGCUUGACAGUUCAUUAGCAGAAUUCAUGGUUUUGAUUUUGGCAAUUCUUGAUAAUUAGCAUUUCAUUACAUUUGGCAGGCAGGGAUUGAAUGUAUUCUACUGAUCACUAGAUGGUGCUCAGAUUUUGGUUAGCAUUGCUGGUUUAUUAGCAUUAUGGAGGGAGAUAAAGAUGUAUUUGAAAAUUGAAUCUGACCUCCUUAUGUUUUGUCUCUAAUUUUUCCCGCUUAUUUACAUAGAAUGAAUGACAUUAUGGUUAUAUGGAUUUCUUCUAUAAAUUAUGUUUGUGAGCUGCAUCCAAAUUGACCUCCUGAUAGUUAUUGUUGAGUCUGUUUGUAUUUCAAGAUUUCAAGAUGUUUGAUGAUUUUGCUUCUAUCUCACGAGCUAAGGAGACUUGGAGAAUCUUAGUGAAGGUUAUCAGGGCACGGAAAGGCCAGAGGUUAAGUGGGAGAAAGCUUGCUUUCACGCUUGAGGUUGUUCUCAUGGACAAUAAGAUACAUGCUACUAUUCGGGAGGGAUUGAUCUAUAGGUUCGAGCGUGUAUUGAAGGAAGGGCAUGUAUAUGCUAUAACAAAUUUUGAAGUUAGUUUUAAUGCUGGCCCUUUCAUGACAGACAAGCAUGAAUUUAAGAUCAACUUUCAGAUGAAUAUUGAGGUUAAGCCUAUGAAUAAGGCGUCAAUUACUAUUGAGACUUACACAUUUGUUCCACUGUCUGACAUCUUAUAUGAAGACUAUGAUACUGAUUACUUGGAUGAUGUGAUUGGCUUUUUGACUGGUGUGGGAACUGAGAGGGUAAUUGAUAAGGAAUAUGUGAAGACCAAGAUGAACACCAUUGAGAUUGAAUCUGAAUGGUAUUUUGUGGAUUAUGAUUUUCUGCAUUCAUUCAUAGACCUUAAAUCUACCAUACCAUGCAACAAUUUAUUUUGUAAAAAUAUGUCAUAUAAUGUGCACUUUUUGGAAAAUAUGUCGAUGAACUUAACUCAUUUCUUGGUGCUGGGGAUAUUACUAAUGCUGUUGUUGUUGUCCAGUUUGCUAAAGUGAAAAUAUUUAAAGGUGUGUUCCAAAUUUUAGUUUUAAUUUAACCUUGGUAUCUACUACUUCUUAUUCUCCAAUCACUGUAGCUAUAAGACCUCCAAUGGCGGAGCGACACGUGUCCAGUUUUGCUGAACGUUUUUUUUUUCUUUUCUCUUUGGCAGCUGUAAUACGACGUCGUUUCUCAAUUUAGGUUUCUUUCUCAUCCUCUUUCAUCAACCCUAGAUCUUUCUUGCGUGUAUUCUCUCCCUUUCUACCUGCUCCACCGUACCAUGCAUCUCCUUCUGAUUUUGAGUUUUCUCUCUCACAGCCUUCCUUUCCUCCUCUUCAAUCUCAAUUCCUAGCUGUAGUUCCGUGUUAGCCUUCCUCUUUCAACCUACUUCUCACCAAUCCAUCAAUAGAGUCUCUUCCGAUUGAUCUGAUGAGGAAUUGCUUUCGGCCGCCACUUGAUGUGGGUUUGAACUUUGAAGAUAAUGUUGCCGCCGAUUAUGGUAGAACCAAUCGCGUAUUGACAGCUCAAAUGGUCCACUGUUUCUUUGUCAUCCUUCCUCACGAGAAUCCCAACUACUAUGGUUGAAUGCAUCAGCAAAUGAUGAGCUUGAAACCAUGAUAGAGAAGCAUGGAAGAUCAGACCAAGGGUUAUUAGAAAGUGGGGAGAUGGCACCUACUGCUAAACCUUCUAAACCAGAUGCUUUGCAACUUGUCUUGAUUGAUGCUAAGGAGAGCCUCAUAUCUACCAUUUGCUCAACAAGCCCUUGAAUGAGGAUUCUUUGUCAAUUGAGAAGCAGAAAUAAGUGAAUUUUUCUAUCAUAAAAGAAUGCAAGAAGGGAGGAAUUAAAUGAUUAUUAGAAAUAGAUUGGGGUGCAAAGAUUGGGGUUCAAUUUCUUCCAAAUGUUGAAAUGGAUUUGGACUUUGGAGAGAUGGCAAGUUCAUAUGAAGAAUUGAAUACUCAGAAACUUCAGCAUGGUCCCAAUAAAAUAAAGAUCCCUUGAGGAAGCAAUAAUGAAGAUGAUAUGGAAGAUGAUGUUUUGUAAAUUUUCCCUUGCUAUGAUAGCCCUUCUCUAUGAAUUACUGAAACUUAUUUAUAUUUUAUGUAUUUAAGUUAGCUUUUUAAACCA